AUGACUGAAUUAAAUAUCUCACUUCCGCCUACCGCGGCGCCGGAGGACUCGGCUACUGCCCAGCCCAACGGCAAGCCUGCGCCUAAACGCAAAGGUCCGCCUUUGAAUCAGAUAUAUUCCUUGCCUGUGCCGAUUCGGACCUUUCCGUUACCGGCAUUCUAUCCCAACAAUCCCAUUUCCAUAAUUCACGUAGCGUACGCAUGGCUAAAACAGACUGUACGCCCACCGCCUGCGGAACCCUCCGUUGUUUACCGCGGCGUUUGGUCGGAAGGCACCACCUCUGUCCACGUCACCGAUGAGAAAUCAAUGAGGGGCCUGUGGGAACAGGGCUUCUUUGGUAAAGGUAGUUUAAGUCGAAGUGAGCCGAAUUGGCUCAGGCGCGAGCUCGUCCGCAAGGGUGUCGAAGAGACGCACGUCAGUGAAAUCCUGACAAAUCAAAGACGACAAAAACGCGCCGAAGCCAAAUGGGAACGUGCAAGACUCGAGCAAGAAGCUAUCCGUCAAACAAAGCUCAGUGAAGCGCAAAAGGCGGUGGUCGCGAUCGAGGCGGCGGCAACCAUCCUUGCUCCCGUUGGUCCGGCUGAGCUCCUAGCGCUUCCCAACUCGCUGUCCGAUAUCAAAGUAACGAAAGCGAAGCAGUCGACUACGUCAAUUCUUGUAAACGGUGACUACCUCGCACCGCGACGCGAGCUCUCACUCAUUGAGCAGCUUGCUGGCGUCACCUCGGACGCUGGCACCAAUGGGUCUGCGACGACGCCGCAAACACCAGUAACCCGCUCUCGUGGCAGUUCGACUGUUUCUCAUGACGGCUCCGAGAAACAACAGAAAAGUGUUCGAUUCUCGCCGAAAGUGGAAUCUACCACGUUUGAUUUCUCGGAUCCCCCGAGCUUCAAUGCUGCACGUGAGGGAAAGCGUGCUGAGCCGACAACAGCCCUCAAUAACGACGAUACAACAGCGACAGCAGCAGAAUCCGCCAAGGGCGUUGUUGUCAACAAAGAGCAUCUUCAGCUCACCCCGCAAGAGGCAUUCUUCCUCAAAUUCGGGUUAGGAGCCCUGUCUGUAACGGAUCCAUACUCGGGCCUGGACUUGUCGACCAUGGACAUGCUGCGCUUAUUCCGCGAACAUUCAUAUGCACCGCCGCGAAAUGGGCCUGAUGCCGACAAUUUACAACCAGACGACCCCUUCCUGGUCCACUAUGUCGUGUAUCAUCAUUUCCGCUCGCUCGGCUGGGUCCCUCGCGCGGGCAUCAAAUUCGGCGUCGACUGGCUUCUGUACAAUCGCGGACCAGUCUUUGACCACGCCCAAUUUGGUCUAAUUCUGGUUCCGUCCUACUCGGCUCCCUGGUGGAAAGCCAAUGGUAAAAAGCCGGAAACAAAAUCGUGGUCUUGGCUUCACAGCGUGGUGAGAGUGCUGUCACAUGUCACCAAGAGCCUGGUGCUCGUGUACGUGGAUGUGCCACCGCCGCCUGUGUUUGAUGAGGCCAUUGCAUCAGGUCUUACGGAUGCACUGAAACUGUACAAAGUAAGAGAAAUCAUGGUGAAGCGCUGGGCGGCCAACAGGAACCGGUAG